AACAAGAACACAAACCUCAAGAAAAAACCUUCCUUUAUUGUGCCCUUUUGGGCCAACAAAUGUUCACAAGCGGCAACGUCACCGCUAGGGUUUUCGAACGUCAGAUUCGAACUCCUCCUCCCGGCGCUUCCGUAAAUCGCGCAAGACACUUCUACGAAAACCUAGUCCCAAGCUACACACUCUACGAUGUCGAAUCUCCCGAUCACUGUUUCCGCAAAUUCACAGAAGACGGACUCUUCCUCAUUAGUUUCAGCCGUAACCACCAAGAACUCAUAGUUUAUCGUCCUUCUUGGCUCACAUAUUCAACAACCUCCUCCGAUGAUGAUGAUUCCACUCCUCUACCUCGCCGUGCUUCGAAAUUCGAUAGCUUCUUCACUCAACUCUACUCAGUCAAUCUUGCUUCAUCGAACGAACUUAUAUGCAAAGACUUCUUCCUCUACCACAAAACUCGUCGUUUCGGUCUUUUCGCUACUUCAACAGCUCAGAUCCAUGAUUCAUCUCCUACUAAUGACGCGGUUCCUGGUGUUCCAUCGAUUGAUAAGAUCACUUUCAUACUUCUUCGAUUAGAUGAUGGUGUGGUUUUAGAUGAGAGGGUUUUUCUUCAUGAUUUCGUCAAUUUGGCUCAUAAUAUGGGUGUGUUUCUUUAUGAUGAUCUUUUAGCGAUAUUAUCGUUGCGUUAUCAGAGGAUUCAUCUUCUUCAGAUUAGAGAUUCUGGUCAUCUUGUUGAUGCUCGUGCUAUUGGUUACUUUUGUCGUGAAGAUGAUGAGCUUUUCCUUAAUUCUAGUUCUCAGGCAAUGAUGAGUCAUGAUAAGAGCAAACAGCAAAGUUUAUCGGGGAAUAAGGAUGACGAUGAUGUUGCGGAGAAUGGGUUGCAUCAUACUCAGCCUCAGCUAAAUGCUACGAAUUCGUUUCUUAGUGGUAUUAAGCAACGAUUACUUUCUUUUAUCUUCAGGGAGAUUUGGAAUGAAGAAUCGGAUAAUGUACUGAGGGUUCAAAGUCUUAAGAAGAAGUUCUAUUUCCAUUUCCAGGAUUAUGUUGACUUGAUUAUAUGGAAGGUUCAGUUUUUGGAUCGACAACACCUGCUAAUCAAAUUUGGCAGUGUAGAUGGUGGGGUAACAAGAAGUGCUGAUCAUCAUCCAGCUUUCUUCGCCGUGUAUAAUAUGGAGACAACUGACAUUGUAGCAUUCUAUCAGAACUCAGCAGAAGAUCUUUACCAAUUAUUUGAGCAGUUCAGUGAUCACUUUACAGUAUCAAGUAGUACACCAUUCAUGAACUUUGUAACAUCGCAUUCUAACAGCGUCCAUGCUCUUGAACAACUAAAGUACAUGAAAAACAAAUCAAACAGUUUUUCUCAGUUUGUGAAGAAGAUGUUGCUCUCUUUGCCUUUUAGUUGUCAGUCACAAAGUCCCUCCCCAUAUUUCGACCAAUCUCUCUUCCGGUUCGAUGAAAAGUUAAUUUCCGCAGCAGAUAGGCAUAGGCAAUCCUCAGACAAUCCAAUCAAGUUCAUAUCUCGAAGGCAACCGCAAACGCUGAAAUUCAAGAUAAAACCAGGACCAGAGUGUGGAACUGCAGAUGGUAGAAGCAAGAAGAUAUGUUCAUUCUUGUUCCAUCCUCAUUUACCACUUGCCAUCUCUAUUCAACAAACACUUUUCAUGCCACCUUCAGUCGUCAAUAUCCAUUUUCGGCGAUGACUCUUUGUGGUUUCCAUCAGUCUAGUAGUCGACAACAUGUUGUAAUCUAUUGUUUGUAAUAGAAAAUAUCUCAAAACACAAUACAUGCGUAAAGGGUUC